AUGGAUUUACUUUUGAAAAAAAAAACCUACGCACAAGAAUACAGACCGGAGUGGGAAAAUAUGGACGAAUUUAAAGGUUGGCUAAAAUCGGCAAGUGGAGACUCCAGCAAAGCAUUUUGUACAUAUUGUUCUACGGAGAUUCUUGCUAAACUGUUUGAUGUAAAGAAGCAUGCUGAGACCAAAAAGCAUAAACAGGAAGUAAAGUUCAAAACAGGCAAUAAAAUUCCUUUCAAAGUUGUACCAAAAGACCAUCUUGCGAUGCAUCUCUCUUGCGAUGAAUCUGAAGCCGCAUUGACCUUAUUUAUUGCCGAGCACUGUUCUAUAUUAAGUGUUGACCAUUUAGGUGAACUAUGCAAAAUGUGUUUCAAAGACUCCAAAGCUACACAGGAGCUUAAAUUGCAUCGCAAUAAAUGUACAGAAAUAAAGACAAAUGUGCUGAUGCCGCACUUGCAGGAGCUCUUAGAUGAUAUUGGAUACCAAAAGUUCAGCAUUAUAAUGGAUGAGUCCACAGACGUCAGUGUCAGUAAACACCUUGGUCUUGUAAUUAGGUAUUAUAGUGCCGCACAGGAAAGGAUAGUAAGCUCAUUCCUGGAACUAGUUUCUAUUGAGAGUGCAGAUGCUAGGGGAAUAGUUAAUGGCUUGGUAUCAUGCUUAGAGAGUCACAACUUAGAUAUCAAACAAAUGAUUGGAAUUGGAACUAAUAAUGCACCUGUUAUGACAGGCAUUAAUAACGGGGUUCAUGCAAUCCUCAAAAGAGAAUAUGGGAAUAUACUGGCACGUUUGUUAUCGCUGCGAGAUGAACACGUGGGAAACAGAAAUUUGCGAUCUAGUGAUAUAGCAACUCUGGUGGAAGGGAAUUGCAUAGCUCCUCUUGACGAGAUGAUUAUUUACCACUUGCUGUGUGUGAAGGCGUUAUAUGCUAGGGACUUUAUGGGAGCAUAUGAUAAUCAAAGUGCAUUUGUAGCUGCCGUUGUCAGACUUUUACAAGGACAAAAAGAGGAAAAUUGGGCACUGCCUCUUAUGUACACUGUAUGUUUAGAUUUAAGGCUUGUUGCACAAAAAGCUGAAGGAUGUGAUCCACAAAGCAAUGGCAAAAUAUUAGAGAAAGCAGCAGAGAGUCUUCUAGCAUGCUUCAGGGUAUGCGCCGCAGAUAAUAGAUCAUCUGAUACUGAAACUAAGAAAUUGGGGAUGUUGAACCUUGUAAACCAACUUCUUAAAGUCUAUUUUCGUAUAAAUAAAUUGCAUUUAUGCAAACCUCUUAUAAGGGCAAUUGACUCGUCACCAUUCAAAGACCAGUUUCCACUGGCUCAACAGAUUACAUACCGGUAUUUUGUUGGACGUAAAGCCAUGUUUGAUUCUGAUUACAAAUCGGCAGAUGAGUAUUUGUCAUAUGCAUUUGAGAAUUGUCACAGAAAGAGCAACAAGAACAAAAGACUAAUUUUAACUUACCUUAUCCCAGUGAAAAUGCUGCUAGGUUUUAUGCCAUCAAAAUUUUUACUUCAGAAAUAUGACUUGAUGCAAUUCUGGGAUUUGGUGUCUGCCGUUAAAGAUGGAAAUUUGAGAGGUAUUGAUCAGGUGAUGGAAGAACAUGAAAGUUUCUUCAUUCGAGCAGGCAUAUACUUGAUUGUGGAAAAGUUGAAGAUAACAGCAUACAGAAAUUUAUUUCGUAAAGUGUAUUUAUUGGAAAAUACCCACCAAAUUGAUAUUGCAAGCUUUGAAGCAGCAUUGCAAAUAAUGGGACAAGAGGAUGUAGAUUCAGAUGAAACCCAAUGUAUUGUCGCUAACCUUAUUUUUGAUGGAAAAAUAAAAGGGUAUAUUUCCUAUCAACAUAAGAAAGUGGUUGUUAGUAAGCAAAAUGCAUUUCCACCCUUGUCUAGUUUGUAUUAG